AGGUAGAAAUCCCCAUAAGAUGAAUCCAAAAGGAGAUUAAGAGGAAAUUAGAAAUACCCACGGGAAAUCGAAGAAGAAAUCGAAAAGUAAAUUGAAGGAGGAAAUUGUUUGAGACGAGGCACUGGUGGGGUAGUCAGGAAGUGAAAGAAAGGAAUGAGGAGACACGGUAUGUUAUUCAGGUCCAACUCAAAACAGGCGCUAUGUUAUUCAACUUGGGUGGCCCAAAAGGUCGAGAGAGACACGGUGCUUGAAGAUAGUGUUCUAGAUGGUGUCUAUAUUUCAACUCCCAUAUAUUAUGCCUACCCAACUGAAGUCCUGUGGCAUGAAAGAUCUUAGAUAAAUGCAGGGGUUAGCUUUUACAUUGUUGGUAGAGACCCUGCUAGUAUGGGCCAUUAACUCGAGAAAACAGAUUCACAUUAUGCUUGAUCAUGGAACAACGUAUGUAUUAAGCUCAGUUCUGGGACUUAAAUGACUAAAUAUUCUUCCUUUCAAGGUUGCUGCAUUUGAUAAGAAUAAGGGUCACUGACAUUAUUUAAUUCAACAAAGGAUUCAAAACUUCUUCAUAUUGGGCACCAAGGUACCUUCUCCACAUACUCCUGAGAUUCAUGUUGCUUCAAUGGUUGGAAAGUGCUUAUCGAAUGUUACAAUAAUAACUUAUUAAUCUUUGCAGCAUGUUGCAUAUUGACUUUUGAUAAUGCUUUUGAUUACAUUCAAGCAAAAAUUAAACAUGUUGAGCUAUU